AUGGCUGGAUAUUCCCAUAGAUCAUCACUUAAAAGGGGACAUAAGCCUUUCAAGUCUAAGCAUGCUAGUAAAGGUGCUUUAAAGAGAAUACAUAAAGGUAAAGUCGAAAAAGACAUUGCCAAUAACAAACAAAUCAAAGGUACAUCCAAGUUACAGCGUAAAAACAAAGCUAAGCAAUUGAAGGUACAGAAAAUGAUGACAUCCUUAGAAAGCAGAAAACUGUUUGAGGGUUCCAAUGGUGCUGAGAAGAUUGUGACCAUCAUUCCAUUAACUGCGGAUGUUGAUUCAUCUGAUAUAGUCAGAAAACUUAUGGUUUCAGCCGAUUUAGAAAUGGAGAACUUACCAUUCAUGUCAGAGGAAGGAAAUGUGGCAAGUAUAAGAAAUUACCAAAUAAAGAAAUUCAAGAGUACUUUGAAGAUAAUUGUUCCAGAUAUGUCAAAUUUUUUAAAUAUUUUGGAUUGUGCCAAAAUUGCCGAUUUUGUAGUUUUUGGUUUAAGUGGAACCUCUGAAGUGGACCAGGAAUUUGGUGAGCAAAUUAUCCGUGCCUUAGAGUUACAAGGUAUUUCCUCGUACAUCGGCGUUGUUCCAAAUCUAUCAAAAGUUCAUCCUAAGGAGAAAUUCCAGCUAGAUGUUAAACAAUCUUUAGAAAGUUAUUUUAGACAUUUUUUUCCUAAUGAGGACCAUGUCUACAACCUUGAGAAACCAUCUGACAGCUUGAUUGUACUAAGAACUUUAUGUCAAAAGCUCCCCCGUCCUGUGACGUGGAGAGAUAACAGGGGUUAUUUAGUAGCUGAAAAUGUCGACUAUAAUGAAAUUUCACCAGAGGCUGGCCAUUUAGUUGUCCAAGGUACUGUUCGUGGUAUUGGAUUCCACGCAAAUAGACUAGUUCAUGUUCCAGGCCUUGGUGACUUCCAAGUUUCUAGAAUUGAAAAGAUCAGUGCAUCUCAAAGGAAAAAGACAAACCCUGAUGAACUAGGUUUAGAUCUCAACAACACUUUUGAAUCCAAUGAAAAUAGGGAUGACUUGGAGGAAUAUGCUCCGGCUGAUUUAGAAAUGGAAGAAUGGUCUGACGCAGAGGAUUUUGCAUAUGAUAACUUGAGAUCAGCAAGGUAUGAUGACCAUGGGUAUAUUCAAAGAAGCGAUGAAACAGAUAAAUCUGCCGAAGUUCCAAAAGGUACAUCUGAGUACCAGGCCAAAUGGUACCUAAAUGAUGUUAUACAACCUCUCAGUGACGAAGAAGUGGAAGAGCAAGAAGAUAUGAUGUCAGAUGAUGAUUUGUUGGAGGAUGAAUACCAAGCCAGAGAUGCAAACUUCGAAGAUGAGGAAGUUAAUGAUGAAAACGAAGAUAUGUUUGUGGAACUAUCCCCAGAGGAAGAAGAGCGCCAACUUAAUGAAUAUAGGGCAUUAGAAGAUGAAGAUCGAGAAUUUCCUGACGAAAUAGAAUUAAAUCCAGCUGAAUCGGCUAUUGAAGGUUUGAAAAGAUACAGAGGGUUGAAAAACUUAUACAACUGUAUGUGGGACGUUGAUGAAAAAGACCCAGAAUGCCCACCAGAAUGGAAACGCUUAUUAAGAAUCGGUAACUAUAAAUAUACUCGUAAUAGAGUAUUGAAAGAGGCAUCUAAAACAGCUCAGGUAAUGGCUGGUGACCGUGUUAGAAUAUAUAUCGCAUUCCCAAAGAAUUUACUUGAACAAAUUAAGGAUCCACAACAAGUUCUAUUUGCUAUUUACGGUUUGCUUGCGCAUGAGCAUAAGAACACAAUGGCCAACUUCACCCUACAAAGAUGGGAAGAAUACGAUAAACCGGUACCAGCUGAGGAACCAUUGGUUGUGCAAUAUGGUAUUAGAAGAUAUACUAUUCAACCUCUAUUCUCUGCAGAUGCUAAUUCGAGUAAUAAUGUACACAAGUUUGAUAAAUUCUUGCAUCCAGAUACAAGGUCAGUCGCGACAUGUAUUGCUCCUGUUGACUUUACACAAUCUCCAGCUAUUUUCUUUAAACCGUCUUCAAGCGAUGUAAAGGGUCUAGAACUGGUGGGCCAUGGUACUUUCAUGAACGCAGACCACACAAGAGUUUUGGCCAAGAGAGCUAUAUUGACUGGUCACCCUUUCAGAUUUCACAGAAAUGUUGUUACUGUUCGUUACAUGUUUUUCAGACCAGAAGAUGUCGAAUGGUUCAAGUCCAUUCCAUUAUUCACCAAAUCAGGAAGAUCUGGUUUUAUCAAAGAAAGUCUUGGUACCCAUGGUUACUUCAAAGCAACAUUUGAUGGUAAAUUAUCCGCACAAGAUGUUGUCGCUAUGUCAUUAUUCAAGCGUAUGUGGCCAAAAGCUUCAUCGCCUUGGAAUAAUGAGAGUUAUUAA